AUGAUGGCGGAGCAGGUGAAAUGCGCCUCUGCCGGGGGCGGCUCGGCAGCGGGCUCGGGGCCGGUGGUGAACGCGGAGCUGGAGGUGAAGAAGCUGCAGGAGCUGGUGCGCAAGCUGGAGAAGCAGAACGAGCAGCUGCGCAGCCGGGCGGCCAGCGCGGCCGCCGCCCCGCACCUGCUGCUGCUGCCGUCGCCGCCGCCGCCGCCGCCCUCCGCGCCGCCCCCGGCCGGGGCCUGCAGCCCGCGCAGCCCGCGGAGCCCCCCGGCCGCCGCCACCGCCCCGGCGAGCCUGGGGCUGGGGCUGGCCCUGGGCACCGGCGGCGGCUCCAGCCCCACGUUCCCGGGGACCUACUGCCUGCCCAGCCCCGCGCCCUCCCUGCUCUGCAGCCUGGCGCAGCCCUCCGAGGCGCCCUUCGUCUACUUCAAGCCCGCGGCGGGCUUCUUCGGCCCGGGCAGCGGCGGGCCGGAGCCGGGGGGCGCGGGGACCCCACCGGGGGAGGCCCUCGAGCCGCCCUCGCCGCCCCCCACGCUGUUGGACGAGGUGGAGCCGCUGGACCUGGAGAGCUUGGCCGCCUGGAGCGACGAGGACGACUACACUUGGUUAUAUGUGGGCUCUUCAAAGACCUCAUCAGAGAAGUCCUUGAGUCCUUUGCAGUGGUGUAGACACGUCCUAGAUAACCCGACUCCUGAGAUGGAAGCAGCUCGACGUUCCCUGUGCUUCCGACUGGAGCAAGCUAGCCGAUGGCGGAGUCUCUUCUCUUCAACUGCCUCCCUGGCCUUCCCUUAUAGUCCUGUUGCAAGACUCAGCCCUUAUAGCAAUGGCAUUAAUACUCCCAGCUUCUCUAAAACCUCAAAUAAAGCAAUACUAACACCUGAAAAAACAGGUUACACUUCCCGAGGCUCGCCUCUCAGUCCCCAGUCCUCCAUUGACAGUGAGCUGAGUACUUCAGAACUGGAGGAUGACUCUAUCUCCAUGGGAUACAAAUUACAGGACCUCACUGACGUUCAGAUCAUGGCUCGUCUUCAAGAAGAAAGUCUCAGGCAAGAUUAUGCUUCUACAUCAGCAUCUGUCUCGAGACAUAGUUCCAGUGUGUCACUGAGUUCAGGAAAGAAAAGCACGUGUAGUGAUCAAGAAUAUGAUCGAUAUAGUCUGGAGGACGAGGAAGAAUUCGAUCAUUUGCCACCACCCCAGCCUCGUCUCCCAAGGUGUUCACCUUUCCAAAGAGGAAUUCCCCAUUCACAGACUUUCUCCAGCAUUCGGGAUUGUAGGAGGAACCCCAGUUCUCAGUAUUUUCCUUCAAACAAUUACCAGCAGCAACAGUAUUAUUCACCUCAAACCCAGACUCCAGAUCAGCAACCAAAUAGGACCAAUGGAGAUAAGCUCCGAAGAAGUAUGCCUAAUCUAGCCCGGAUGCCAAGUACGACUACAGCCAGUAGCAGCAUUAGCUCUCCUGUCACUGUGCGGAACAGUCAGAGUUUUGACUCCAGCCUGCAUGGGGCUGGGAAUGGACUUUCAAGAAUACAGUCUUGUAUUCCAUCACCAGGACAGAUUCAACACAGGGUCCACAGCGUGGGACAUUUCCCAGUGUCUGUCCGGCAACCACUUAAAGCCACAGCCUACGUGAGUCCAACAGUUCAAGGCAGCAGUAGUAAUAUGCCUCUAUCCAACGGUGUACAGUUGUAUUCCAACACAGGAAUCCCAACCCCAAACAAAGCUGCAGCUUCGGGGAUCAUGGGCCGCAGUGCCCUUCCCAGACCUUCACUGGCAAUAAAUGGGAGUAACCUGCCUCGGAGCAAAAUUGCACAACCUGUCAGAAGUUUCCUGCAGCCUCCAAAGCCCCUAUCUUCACUCAGCACAUUGAGGGACGGGAAUUGGAGAGAUGGCUGCUACUGAAGCAGUCUUAUGCACCCUGGAAGAGCAGGAAAGAAGUGACGAUGAGGGUGUGUUACCUAGCUGGCUGGGUAACAGUGGAUGUGGGGAUAUUCUUUCCCUGUUGCAUUUUAACACAUUUCCUGCAUUGUUUUUCAAUGGACCAAUCACCAGAGACUAAUGAUUGCACUUAAUAUUUACCCGAGGUACUGCAACAUUCUCAAACCCGUGGUUGCAGUAUUGUGACACUUAGAUCUAGGAAGUUUUUGUAGACCUACUCUGUACCUGAAUACUUUUUGAAAGAAUUGAGAUGUAUCAAUAAUGCUUUGCCAUAUGAUUUUUUUUAAGUAACCUGUCCAAUUUAGUUACGUGUUCUAAACAUCUUUCCAUUACAUUCUGGGUUUUUUUUUAAUUAUGUACUUUGCAUUUAUACAACUAGGUUCUAUACCAUAUGCUUUGAAUUUUACUUUUUUAUAGUUUACAGGAAUUUUAUUUUUUUGUGCCUAUUUCUUUUUAUGCCUCUGUGAGCCACUAUGGGACAACUGAAAAUUUUGUGCCAUAAAAAUAUUUUUGUGGUAAGGUACUAUUUUUUUAGCUCUAGGGAUAUAUCAACAAAAAUACACCAUACAAUUUGAGACAUAAUUUUAUGUUGAAUGAGCACAAUGUACUCUGAAGCAUUACAAGGAGAUAUAGCCAGACAGCAGAGUUAAAUGGUCUUGUCUUUUUUCACUGUUAAUUUAUUGUUGUACAUGGACUUCAUAUUUAUAAUGGCAUCCCAAGCUCAUUGCACUUAAUACCGGCAAUGUUUGCUACUCUACCACAAUUGAUUUUCAAUACUUUAUUACAAAGGAUGAAACUGUAAUGUUUUAUUAACAAUGCUUCUGGAAAUGAAUGCAUUUUAAAGCAAAUAAAUCUUUUUGAUAGACCUUUUACAAAAUCCAUUUGCACUAAUGAAUGCUUUCUUAUGGUGAAUGACUUACUAUUUGUUACUGUGUACACUGCUGUUUUGGAAUGUUCAGAAAUAAAGACUCUAUUUCAGCAAUAAC